UUUUCGUCGUCACGGAGAUUGGAGAAGUAUCAAUUCCACAGUUCGAGCAAUAUAAAACUUUUUUUUUUCAUUACUCGAGUCCUUCCUUUACCUUUGAGCUCCGCUAGGGUUUGGCGUUUGGGUUUCGACUCUUUGCUCCGAUCUUGAUUGCUCCAUCUCUUCUUCUUCUUCUUGAUUGCAGUUGGUAGGCUAGUGGGCGGCUGUGGAGGAUGUCGCUACGGCCGAGCGAGAGAGCGGAGGUCCGCCGGAACAAGUACAAGGUGGCCGUCGAUGCCGAGGAGGGACGGCGGCGGAGGGAGGACAACAUGGUUGAGAUCCGGAAGAACCGGCGGGAGGAGAGCCUCCUGAAGAAACGGCGGGAGGGGAUGCAGGCUGUCCCGCCCGUUCCGCAGCCCAUCCACACCGCUGCCAUCGAGAAAAAGUUGGAGAGCCUCCCUGCAAUGGUAGCCGGCGUUUAUUCUGAUGACAACGCUAUGCAGAUAGAAGCAACCACGCAGUUCCGGAAAUUACUCUCUAUAGAACGAAGCCCCCCAAUUGAGGAGGUGAUACAAACUGGGGUAGUUCCUCGGUUUGUUGAGUUCCUUAUGAGGGAAGAUUUCCCUCAACUUCAGUUUGAAGCUGCUUGGGCCCUCACCAAUAUUGCUUCAGGGACAUCAGAACACACUAAGAUUGUGAUAGACCAUGGAGCUGUUCCCAUUUUUGUUAAACUUCUCAGUUCCCCCAAUGAUGAUGUCCGUGAACAGGCUGUGUGGGCCUUGGGUAAUGUGGCUGGUGAUUCACCAAGAUGUCGAGAUCUUGUCCUUGGUAAUGGAGCAUUAUUCCCGCUCCUGCAACAGCUGAAUGAGCUUGCUAAACUCUCCAUGUUAAGAAAUGCCACUUGGACCCUGUCAAACUUCUGUAGAGGGAAGCCACAGCCAGCUUUUGAACAGGUUAAGCCUGCUCUUCCAGCACUUGAGAGGUUAAUUCAUUCAACUGACGAAGAAGUACUGACAGAUGCAUGUUGGGCACUAUCUUAUCUGUCAGAUGGUACCAAUGACAAAAUACAAACUGUCCUUGAGGCUGGUGUCUGCCUUCGGCUUGUAGAACUUCUUCUCCAUCCCUCACCUUCUGUGCUUAUUCCAGCCCUUCGUACAGUUGGCAACAUUGUCACAGGAGACGAUGUGCAAACUCAGUAUGUUAUCAAUCACCAAGCACUUCCUUGCCUUCUGAACCUCCUGACUCACAAUCAUAAGAAAAGCAUCAAGAAGGAAGCCUGUUGGACCAUCUCAAACAUUACAGCUGGAAACAAGGAUCAGAUACAGGCUGUUAUAGUGGCUGGGAUUAUUGGUCCACUGGUGCAUCUAUUGCAAACUGCUGAAUUUGACAUCAAGAAGGAGGCUGCAUGGGCAAUCUCCAAUGCUACUUCUGGUGGUACUCAUGAUCAGAUAAAAUAUUUGGUUAGUCAGGGCUGUAUCAAACCCUUGUGUGAUCUCCUCAUCUGUCCAGACCCAAGGAUAGUUAUUGUUUGCUUGGAGGGACUUGAAAAUAUCCUGAAAAUUGGUGAAGCUGAGAAGAAUUCUGGUUCUACUGGAGGUGUGAACUUGUAUGCUCAGAUGAUUGAUGAAGCAGAGGGUUUGGAGAAGAUUGAAAAUCUUCAAAGCCAUGAUAAUACUGAAAUUUAUGAGAAAGCAGUGAAGAUUCUUGAAACAUAUUGGUUAGAGGAGGAAGAUGAAGCAAUGCCUACUGGUGAUGCUGCUGCUCAAGCAGGAUUUACUUUUGAAAAUGACCAGAACAAAGUUCCUCCUGGUCCAUUCAACUUCAGUUAAGUGCCAGUCGAUGGUCUUCUCCCUGCAGCUGGAAAAGUCCCAAGUCUGAAGUCAUGGUAUGGGAGAUGGGAGGAAAAUGAUGGAUAUUUUCGGUGUCUGCUCAGUCGGCUAAAUAGAUUAUUUGUAGGAGUUGACGUUGCAUUUUGGUCUUCUACUAGUAAUAUUGUUGUAUCUUGUGUUGGAUUUCAACAUACUCCAGGUUUAUCAAACAUAAUUAGCUCGAAUCCCCAGCACAAUCAAUGACUAGCACAGGGUUUCAUGCUUUUGCCUUCCUGUAUAUUGUGGUCGUUCAAGGCUCAAGCGUGUUUCUUGUGGCCAGAGUUUUGUGGUUAAUUUUUAUAAUGUUAUGGUGUGGCCUUCGGGAGUUGAGUGUUGUGUAAUUUUGUCAUGCUAAAAGUUGCCUAUUUCAAACUUUGAGCAAACGAUGAAUCUUAUUUUGAAUCA